UUCAACUUAUCGAUUUUUCUCUCAUUUGUCUUUCUUUUGUAGAUUUUUCUCGCUAGAAAUGCUUCCAUCAAACCAGCAACAACCGCAACAGCAAAAUCUUAACGGAGAACAAUCGAGCUCAUCGAAUUUAUUUAAAAAUUGUUCAAAAUCUCCAAGUGCUUAUGAUUUAAAAAUUGCAAAGAAAAAACGUCAAAAUAAUAACAAAAAACCUGUUGGAAAUAAUAAAGAAGUUCAUAAGUCUUCAGCUCAAAUACCUGCAGGAAAUACUCUAAAUUCACCAAAAAAGGCGGCAAUCAGAGUUGGAUCUAAUUUCCAAAUUCUUUCACUUCCUGAACCUAAUGGAGAUAAAAAUUCUGAUAAUGAAAAUCCAACGGAUUUAUGUCUUUGGAAAAUGCAUCAAAUGAUUAAUGAUAGCCAAGUGGCUAAUUAUUGUAUUGAUGCUUAUACAAAUUUUGGAAUUGAACCUGACAGGGCCCUCUACAUUCUAUACAAAUCAGACUAUGAUUUUGAAAAAUCUCGAUUAGAAUUGCAUAACAAGCACAUUUUUACUAGAGACUUCAGCAACGAUGAUGCUUAUGCUUUUCGUAAUGCCUUUACUUAUUUUGGAAAGAAUUUUGCCAGAGUUCGUCAAAUUAUUCCUCAUAAAUCGCUUGGCUCACUUGUUGAGCAUUACUACAAAACUAAAAAGAAACAAAAUUAUAAAUGUGGCUAUAAAAGAUAUGUCGAUAUUGAGGCAAAUUGUUCUUUUUCAUCAUCAGAUGACGAUAAUACUGACAGUAAUUCUGAUACGGUGUUUGCUUCCAAAAAAGUUUCUCAAAAAGUGACGGAAGAAGUCUGUCAAGUUUGUAAAGAAGUAACAAACAAAAUAUAUUCAGUAACUGGAUUAAAAGUCUGCAAAACAUGUCAUCUCUAUUUUAGAGUCAACAAUCAACAUCGAGUCUUUCCACAACCGGCAGAAGAACCAAAACGUCAAAAACUUAAAUGUCCAUUAGACAUGCGUCAAAUUUGCGAUCAAUUUGUUGAUAUGGCAAAAUAUGUGAAUGUAGGUGAUGAUUCAAUGGAUGAAGAGAUUACUGUUUUGGAAGGGAAAACUGUUUGUGAAGUUAAAAUACAAGAAAUCGUAACAAACCAACAACUUUUAAAAGCUAAUACAAAACGUUUAAUUCAAAAUAUAGACCAACAAAAAAAUUUUGAAGGAUGUCAAAAAUAUUCUGUUGUGUCGGCAUUGGAAUUUUUGUCAAAAACACAAAAUUCAUUUAAUUUACAAAAGCAAAACAAAAAUGUAAAUAAUAAAUUGUUACCACCGGAGAAGGAAGCUAUUUUUCAUGCUUUAAUUCAAUUUGAUGCUGAUGAAAAUAUUGUUGCCCAAAUUAUACCAACAAAGACACCAGCAAUGAUUAAACAAUUUUAUUUGAAGUUUAAAGAUAUGAUUGAUGAGGAAAUUCAUAAAAGAAUUAUGGAAACAGACAAUUUUGAUUUUAAUGUACAGGGAUGUAGCAAUAAUUCAAGUAAUUCUAGUAAAGAUGAGCCAGAAGUGAUUGAAUUGGAUUAA